AAUUUAUUCCAGGCCAUGGAGAGUGAAGAGAAUCCAUUGGUUUCAAAAAGCAGAUUAACUAGGCAAGGAAUCUAUACACAUGGUUGUACAUCUGGAAGUGUUAAGAGAGAUUUUGGCUUAAGCAAAGAGUCUCAGGCCCGUGCAGAAGCUAAUUUGUCACGUAUUUUAGAGUUAGCAAGUAAUUCAAAUGGUGACAAUCCACCCAAACAUGCAUCAUCCUUGUCUUCCCUCAAAGAUGAUUUUGUGGAUCGAGAAAAUGAGAACAGCCAGAAUUUGAAGGAAUCACCAGUGAAAAAUAAUGGAAAAAGUCUAGUAGAAGAUAAAUCUGGACCACUGAAAAAAGGAAAUAUAGGAUCAAAGGAAUCAGAAAGUACCUCAUCUGAAAAGAAAACAGAGGAAGAUGAGCAGGAAGAGUUACUUAAACAGUUAGCUGAUGCUGUAGUUAGUGGAAUAGAUGGUAAAACCAGGUUGAUUAGUGGCUCAUCAAGUAAAAGAGGACAGUUGAAGGAAACAUUAGCAGCUUUGAAGUCACUACCCAUGGAGAGUACGAAAACUGGAAAUUACGGUGUCAGUAUGAAACUGCAGAAAAUAAAACAGUUGAGAGCAUCAGAGAAGAAAGUGAAGCAAUGGUCUGAGAAGCACUUCAGUAGUAGUCAGUCCAAUGAGGCUCUGAGCACACCUGUGUCACAAGAAGCUCUCCAGAUUACUGUAAAGAAUAGUUGUGAUGUUCAAAGAAAAAAAGUUGUUGGAAUUUCACAGUCACUUGAUAGUACAAAAUGUAAUUCAGCCACUAAAAGGAAAAGGAAAAGUGCUUGUGUGUUGGUCGCUAAUCCAACAGUUUCAUCUAUCCCUUGUCCUGGUACCACUAUAAUUAAUCCAAGGGCUCUUUUACUUCGAUAUGAGGAGAAGCUUGAGAGAAGCAGAACCUCAGCUCCUGUUAGCUUGUCUACAACUCGUGGUUUUAACAAAGAGAAAGUCUGUGGAAGUGACGUUGGAGAUCCGUCUUGUAAAACUUCUGAAAAUAAAGAACUAAAUUGUGGGAAUAAAGAUAGAACAUGUAAAAGCAGUGAAAAGGGAGAUUUUAAAGUAGAUAAAAGCCAGACUUCUUCAUCAAAGUGUAUUAAAAGUGUUAUAAUUAACCCAUUAGAUUAUUUGAAAAUAUAUGAAAAGCAGUCUGGGAAUGAUAAUAGGAAACUCCAUGAAUCAGAUAUGAAUACAGACUUUGGAAAAAGUACUCUUGAAUUAGGUAGAGCAUGCAAUAACAGGCAUAUGCAAAUUGUCCACAAGCCAGUGCCAUUUAGAUCUCUAAAUGGGUUAGAAGUAGGAAUUGCUGAUGUCACAUCUGGGACAAGAGAACUAUUUAAUUCUGAAAAUGUAAUUCAUGAGAAAAAAAUGAGUGAAGUAAGGGCCAGUGACAAUAAGAUAAUGGGAUCCUGUCACAAUGCACCAAGGUAUGGAGGAGAACUAUUGAAGAAAAUAGACUCAGAUAGUUUAUCUGUGCCUUACGAAACAGGCCAUCAGAUUUCAGGAAGUGUUUAUGGAGUCCCUUUGUCAGAGUGCUUAGAUGAGCCAGGAAGUAUUUUGUUGCCUGCUGUCAAUUGUUGUAAAAAUGUUUUGCCAUUAGAAAUGAAAAGUAAGCUAUGCUCUCCAGUAUUAGAUGUAAUUGAAGAAGCAGUAUUGAAUGAUUUUGUAUUUCCAAAGCCAGAUAGUUUGAGGAUUACCAGUAAUUUGAAGAGUAUAAAGGAAUUUGGGGAGCAUAAUUACGUAGCCACAAAGAAAUAAAAUCUGGAGGGGAAACUUUUCCAAGGAUCACCAUAGCAGUUUGAUGAAUGAGAAUAAUUUUAAGGUAAGGAAUGCAGCCUUCCAUGUUAGCAUGACCCAAAACUUGAUACUGGUAAAUCCCAUUUAAAAUUCAUGCCUGAUUGCUUUACAAGAACAGCAAAAGUUUAUGGACACAAAUUUUAUAAUAGUGCUUUAUAUUCAUUGUUUUAUAUUCAUUGCAUGAAUUUCUUGGAUAGCACUUUAUGAAAAUAUUAUACAUAUAGACUUUACAUCACUUACUUCCAGUUUUUUUCUCUUUUCAGUUGAAUCUGUUGGCACAGUGCUUAGUUUAAGGGAUUUUGAUUGAAAAAAUGUUUAUCCAGUUCAAAUGGACUAGAAUUUGUUAAUAUUUUAUUAGACACCUUGGCAUUUAUUUGUUUUUGAAGAUGGUUUUAAGUACAGUAAUGUGGUAAUGAGAGAGAGAGAGAAAGUGAUGCUUGCAUCAAGCUUGUGGUUUGUACAAACUAAAUUAUAGUGCACAUAAUCUAUACUUGGAAGCCACUUACUCCUGACAUUUUCACCUAAUAGUGUGUAUGUACUAUUCCUAAGUCUAUUUCACCAAGUGUGUUGAUAACUGCUUGGAGUGAAGUUUACAACGAAUAUUCUUUAUUUUCAGUGACAGUUGUGCACUUUACAGGAGACAAAAAUGCAGCAUCCCUUUGGCCUCGGCUUGCUUUCUGCAUCGUUUUGUCCUGUUGGUCUUUUCAAGCAUAGCUGUUAGAUUUAUUUAACUUGACCCUACAAUAAUUUUUACAUAUGUAGGAACAAAUUCUUUUUGUCAGCCUCCUUUUGACUCCAGAAAUGACAGUGGUUUGCUUCAAAAGCUUCAUAUAAAUAGUAAUUAUACAAAUAGUAUUUUGUUUUAAACAGAUCUGUAACAAAUUGCAAAAUCUUGCAGCUGUUACUGAUCAGAUACAUGGAAUACACAUGAAAAAGACAGCAUGCAUCUUAUGCUGAUUACAUUAUUCAAGUUGUGUCCUAUGCUUAGUAACUUUUGAUUAAAUCAAAUUUUGCUAUGUACUUGUCUCUGGGUAAUAGCAUUUAAUACACAUCAAAUCUUUCGUGAGUCAAAUUAUAUGGACUGCUAUCAAGAUCAACUUCCAAAUUUUCUGAUCAACCUUAAGAAAUUGUUAAUAAUAAGAAGACAGUCCUUAUUGGCUCUAACCCCAAGUAGUCUUAAAUUUGAUUUUAUGCAAGCACUUUUUUUUUCUUUGUUUUACACAACUACUAUACUGGUUUUCAAGUAUUAAAAAUUUGAGUGACAAACAACUAGUGAAGCUGAAAAGUUCAGAGGCUGGGGAUAAUUUUCAUAGCCUAGGGUAAACCUGAUGGAAAGAUUUGGUAAACUUUAUAUGUGAAUAUUUAAACAUGAAAGUAGUAGGCUUUAGCAAGUGAAGAAGUUUGUCGACUAGGAUAAGCAUUCAUAGCCUUGGCUAAGUUAGACAGAUGAAAGGUUGAGAAAUAGUAACAAUAUGUAAUGUAUGAAGCAAUACAUAUUUAGACAGUAUAAAUACCUGUGAAUGUCUGUGGAAAGUUGUUUGCACUGGAGACAGAGAUUGCCUUGUGGAAGCGAACUCGUGUGAAGCACAACAAUCUCAUAUUAACACAAAAUACUACUGCACUUUACAUAGUAGUUGGUCAACAUUGUAGAUUAACUUACUCUUGCAAUAUAUUAUUUAAAAUAGUUUUGUUGUUCACUCACCACUGAGUCACAAAUUGUUUUCCCAUUAUUUUUUCUUAAAACUAAAGUAUUUAUGGAUGAAAAUAUAUGUCUUGUGCUCAAUAAAAUUUGAAGGAAUACAGUUACUUGGAGUGUAGGAAAUCUCAAGAGGUUGAGAAGCAUAGAUAAUCAUUGCUGGAAAGAAGAUAAGUCAUCUAUUUGUAUAAAUCUAGUCAGCUGCUUUGGCUACAAAUUCUUCAGUCAGGUUUUGGUGAAAAGGUUGCCACAGUUCAGGAUUGUCAGCAUCCGUUUCAGGCCACUGGAUGACAUAAGAUUCCUUCACAUUCAUCAUACUGCUUCACUGUACAACUUCAAGGUAAUUGGAGAUGUUGACAAUAGUAGAAUCAGCUUUGAUAAGUGAGUUCCUCAGCAAGUUUCUUUCUUCCAGUUAUUGCAGAAAUUUAAAGAGGCUAAUUAAUGCCAAGCAUGAUUAUGAUUGGAAAGAUAGUGAAGAUUUAUAAUUUGAAUUGUCUAGAGUAUGCAAUCUUUGCAUAAUUUACUUAACUUCCCUAUGUCUCCAACACAGCAAAACAGACAUUUAUCGUCUUUUUUGUGGUCAUACUGGUGUAACUCCAUAAUGCCUUGAACUAUAGGUUGUAAAGCUUUUACAGACAGUUUCAGGGGAAAAACAGUAUGCUAAUUUUGCUAACCUUUUAGCUGGCUGAGAUAUUUGACAUGAGCAUUAUCUAAUAGUAAACUUCACAUUUACUAGUACACUUACACCUUUCCAUGUGAUAAUAAGUAGUGUGGUUCCAUUCAGAAACUAUUUCUUGCAGCAUAAAACUGUGCUGCCAAAUUUUGAGAAGCAAGUUAGUGGUAAAUUAUUAAUAAAAAUUUUAAAUGGACUUAGGCUUCUUUGCUGUAACAAGUGCAGUUUGCAUUUAUGCAGAAUGGUAGAGAAAUUUAGUCAUUGGAAAUAUGAAAAUCUAUGAACUUCAGUUGCAGAGGCAGGUUUGUUGGAGCGCUGUGCAAGCAAAUAUAGACCACUGUCAUCAGUAGUGUAAGUACAUUUGGCUUGAGUACAACUGUGACGCAAAUAAAUUUUGUGCAAAUGAUCAGCACUGGUUUAAUCAGCAUUUAAACUUUCUCCAUCAUCAUCAUUACAAAUAUAUAUAUGUAAUGCCAAAACUGAUAAUGAUUCACCCAACCUUCCCCCCAAGCCUUACAGUUAGCUAUGCUGAUAUAGGGUGUAUCGUUAAGACAUCUACCAUAUAACAAUGUAGUGAGGUGCAGUGGUUCAGAGAGACUAUUCCCUUUUGUUGAAAAUGGCUCUAGCCAUGCCUUCAAAUUUUUGAACUUUUCCAUGCUUCAAGUUCUCAGUAUUUUGGAAAUAUUCUUAGAUUUUACUCUUAGCCUUAUUGGUAAUAUAGAAAAAUGUCUUAACCUGAAAUUCUGCACACAUCUGCACCCAAGCUUUUCUUUGAAUUUAGUUAAAAUAUAGUUUUCUUUUCACAGAUAAAUCAGGUCAUCAGCUUCAUACCCUUACUGCUGCAGGUGGGUUUAAGGCAAGUUAUUCUUGUAACCCACCUAUAAUAAUGUAGAGGUAAAAUAUAAAAAAAUUACUUACUCUACAAAAAUAUACAGCAGUGCAAAAGUAGUGUACCUAUGAUGGCUAGAUAUAGACUGACAAUUACUUUCCUGUUUCAGUUUGGCUAGUCAUAGAGCUCUUGACUUAUAAAAAAUGUUUGACCCAAGAAAGAUUAACUACCUGAAACAUGAAGUGUGGUAGAUAAUUCUACAUUUUAAGCAGCAGAAUAAUGUGGCUACUUUUUCGUUCU